AUGAUGAUGAUGAUGACCGACGGGGAAAAGAAAAUCGAGUUCUCGAACGGGAAACUGUUAUUGGAUUCACGCACGGCGAUCUUAUCCGGCGGCUCGCUCGCCUUAUCCACGAUUCCGAAUAAGAAGAGCGCGUUUAUAUCGAACGACCCGACCGUACAGAUUUUACGAAAGGUCGCCACGAAUUCACCGAACGACGCGCAAAGCAGGCACGUUUUACAGUUUAGCACGAACACAGAACCAUUGGUGAGCUCAUUCAUGUGCACGGCGAGAUGUAAACUGUGGUGGAUGUCCCCGGCGUGGGGGAGAGAUUUAGGGAAAGACUUACCCGCGGAGACGCAGUAUUUGAUGCUCGAGCUCGGGGAAGACGGGAAAAGCGGAUACGUGUGCAUUUUGCCGCUGUCGGGAGAUAAGUUCAGAGCGACUUUGUCCGGGUUUCAUCCAAUGUGGGAAAGGCGAGGGUCUUUUCUCGUCGUCGAGAGCGCGUGCGAGGAAGUGAAAGCGGACGGGAUCGAUAACGUGGCGAUCAUAUCGUGGGCGAAUAACCCGUACGAUGCGUCGAAAAAAGCGAUUAAAAUGGCCAGUUUAGUUUUGAAAGAGAGCUUUAAACCGAGAGAGGAGAAGGUGACGCCGCCGGUGGCGGACGUGUUCGGGUGGUGCACGUGGGAUGCUUUUUACGAGAAAGUCAGUCCGAAACGAAUCGGGAAAGGGUUGACGAGUUUACAAAACGGGAAUUCGCCCCCGAAGUUUGUGAUUAUCGACGACGGGUGGCAGAACGUAGAGCCAGAUAAGGAGUAUAGAAACAGUCGGACGUCGACAACGGGAAGUAGUAAAGACAAUAGCCGAGAACCUAGCAAAAACGACGAAGACCAAGUAAUAGAAGAAGAGGACGAAUUCGACGACGGCGACGAAGACGACGACGAAGCGCAAGCGCCGUUGACAACUCCGACUGUUACGCCGCCUGGGUAUAUUGCAGCGUGGUUUUACGCGUUUUAUUGGCGGAGGUUACACGCCAUGCGAGCGCACGGCGUGUUUUGGCAUACCCUUCGUAUUUUGAUCAAUUACGUGUUGUACGCGUUUGUGGCCAUGAAAACGGCGUCGUUGUCGUAUUUCAAUCACAGAGUCGUGUCUAUUCGAGCGAAUAAGAAGUUUUCUACGUUUACGGGGUUCCGGAGAGGCAGCUUUAGUGGGAAACGUUCGCCGUUUGGGAGUUUAGCGUCGUUGGCGGGCAAAGCCGGGAAAAAGAUGCAAAAAGCGAUAAAAACGGUGGGUAGUUUAGAGUUUUUGGAUAAAAUGUCCCCGCCAGGGUCGCCAAAGUUUUCGCAUUCGAGACCGUCGUUAGAUUCUUUGCGGUCUGCGGACCAGCAGAUGGAUUUAGCUGGACAUGAAAAGAAUAAACUGCGAGGCGAAAUCGACGGGCUAGGCAACGUCGUUCGAGCGAUUAAGAAAAAGUACGACGUGGAUUACGUCUACUGUUGGCACGCGUUGCUUGGGUAUUGGGGCGGCGUGCACCCAGACGAAGAGAAUGUGAGAGAGUUUGGCGCGAAACUAAAGUAUCCGAGACACAACCCGUCGUUGUUAGCGGUGGAGCCUUCGCAGGCGUGGGAUCCGUUGACCGUGUGCGGCGUCGGAGUCCCGGCGCCGGAGAAAAUGCAACACUUUUAUAACGAGUUGCACGAAUACCUCGCCGCGGCUGGUGUAGAUGGAGUCAAAGUAGACGCGCAAGCUGUCAUUGGCGCGUUAGGCUACGGGAACGGACCGAACGGUGGAGGCCCGGCGUUGGCGAGAAACACCCACGAGGCUUUGGAGAAAUCCGUCAUGAAAUUUUUCCCGACCAACGGGUUAAUCAAUUGCAUGUGCCAUUCCACGGAGAACUUGUACAACUUUAAAAUGUCAAACUUAGCGAGAGUGUCGGACGAUUUCUAUCCGACCAACGAGGCUUCGCACACGGUUCACAUCGUCAACGUGUCCUACAACUCCAUGUUUAUGGGUGAGAUUGUCAUUCCGGAUUGGGACAUGUUUCAAUCGGCUUCGAGUACUGGAGGGUUACACGCCGCCGCGAGAGCGGUUGGAGGAUGCCCAAUAUACGUCUCAGAUCAUCCAGACAAACACGACUUUAACGUUUUAGGCCAGUUGGUGAUGCCGUCUGGGUCGAUAUUACGCGGGAAAUUUCCCGGUCGCCCGACGAGAGAUUGUUUGUUCAAAGACGUGUGUAGAGACGGGAAGACGGCGUUGAAAAUAUGGAACAGAAACAGCGUCGGUGGUGUUGUCGGGACAUUCAACGUCCAAGGCGCGUGUUGGUCCCGAGAAGUGAACCAAUACAUUUUGUUUGGCGGUAAAGACGGACAAACGGUAUCCGCGUGCGUGCGACCGCGAGAUAUCGAAGGCUUUCGUUCCCAAUACGGUGGUAGUAAUAAUAAUAGUCCCAGUGAAAAAGACGAGGAAGUCUCGAGUAGGAAAGAGUCAUCUGGACAGAAUGGCAACAACGGACCAAAUGCCAUAGGCGACCAAAUGUUUGCCGUGCGUUCACACCGAACUGGCGAUGUCGACAUCUUGCGUCUUCACGAAAAGACCGAAGUCGCGUUGACGCGCAAAGAUUGGGACGUGUUCACCAUCACGCCGGUGUUUGAGUCCUUCCGCGCCAGACGCUCCGCACCAGACGAAUCCUUCGAAGAGGAAGGCUUAUCUUCCGUGGACACGUCCGUACCUGCCACUCCGGAGAUCGCUUCUCCGAUCAAAGCGAAGCCACCUUCCACGGAGAACAGUCCCAUCGAAAGUGGAAGCGUAAAGCUCAACAACAACAACACCGCCGAGAAGAAAACUACCCAACAACUGAUCAAAAAACUCAAACGCGCCAACAUCCGCUUCGCCUGUUUCGGCCUCUCGAAGAUGAUGAACGGUAACGCCGUCGUUCAAAACUGCAAGCUCGAGAAAAUCAGCGGCAAAAGUUACCGAGCGACGGUCCUUUUAUCCAAAUCCUGCGGCCAAAUCGCGUGUUACAGCAGCGAAAAACCAAAGAAAAUCUCCGCGACGAGUCGCGCGGCAAACGGGAAGAAACACGACGUCAGCAGUUGGCGAUUCGAGGAGAAAACGCGCAUGCUUCUCGUCGAUUUAGGCGACAUCGAGGACGUGUUUUGGACCUUGUGGUUUGAGUACUAA